ACGAGCCUAGAGUAUUCGUCUUAACUUAUGAAUAGACUUGUUUUGUCGAUAGAAUCCAUUGAAGUGAAUGACUGCUUCAGUGAACGCUGAACUCGUUGGUUAUAAACAUUAAAUCAAAUAAUGGCGUCGUCUAUCGACACGACUGUCAGUGGAAAUAGCGACAGUGAUCCGAAUGAAGAUAAACCAGUGAAGUUCCAGUUCGCUGAUGAGGAAUACACGUUAGAUAUAUUUGAAAAUGAUAAAAAUUUACCCUCGGUUGUACGGUUUGAAGACAAGGCCGGUGAAUUAGUACCUGGUUUGAAGAUUUAUGCGAACUCGCCAGUUUUGUUUUAUACGAAGGUGAAGAAGAAACAGGCCUCAGCUCGAACUAUCUGUAAAGACAAUACGGGAGGAUAUUUGGAGGUGGGGCAGACCAUUUUCAUUCCAGAAGAUUAUGAAGGCAUGUUUGAAGAAGUGCCGCCUGAUUUCAGUCGGGCACCCUGUUAUAGAACCAUCGGCCAAUUAGCCGAAUCCUUACCAAAAAGGUUUUUCACGAGAUCCAACAUCAAAGCCAUUCGGAUCAGCACAAACGAUGAUGGGGAGCAGCAAUAUCUCGAACGAAAUAUCCCUGCUGGUUCCGUACUUACAACACACAGCAUCUUCACAGCCAAGUGGAAAACUGAAGCUGAAACUGGGAUGUUUAAAAAGAAGCAUACCCAAUUUACAACUUAUGAAGUGAAAUAUUUGAAGUGCAUCACGAGUACUGACCACAAGGAGGUCCUUAUUCCCUUGACGCAUAAGGGUAAAUUCAACGCCCUCUUCGAAAAGGGUAAAUACGAUGAUCAUCCGGUGUAUUCCAUGAAAGAUAUACUCAGUGAGCUGACCUUGCCUGUGAAGGUGAGAUUGUUGUAUGGGAAAGCUCCGAGCGUUCCGUGUAUCUUCACAGGAAUGUUCAUCAUCCAUGCGGCGACAGAAGAGGAAAGCAUCAUUGCUUGUACGAUAUUAAACAAACGAAACAUCCUGUUCGAAAUGCCCGUCAAUACAAAAUGCUGCGUCAGGACUGCUAGUAACGUGGACGAGUGUUCAGAUCUGGACACGUAUAAGGACGGAUUGAGAUUGUGUACGAAAUAUUCGCAUGUUUACGGUACUAUGAUUAAGCUAUCGCCCAAAAUGGACACCAAUCUUGAGGUGAUAAAACACGUCCCCACCAGCACGAUAGACAAGAGAGCAGCUUCGGAUAAUGACUUAAAAGAAUUGGAUAUAGGAAAUAUCAGUUUUAAUGAUGCACCUCAGGAUCAGCUGAUGGAAUCGCCGGAUAGUGAUUCUCUACGAAGUGAGGACCCGAGCCCAAUUUCUAACGGCUUUAUUCUGACAUUAACGGAAGAUAUUUCUCAGUCGUUAGCUUAAACCCGUUGUAUAUUAUGUUAUUAUAAUGGAUAUGAUUUUGUGUGGUGGUCAGAGCACGAAUUUGUGUUGUGAUCAAGGCACGAUGUUGUGUAGUGGUCAAGGCACGAAGUUGUGUAGUGGGCAAGGCACGAAGUUGUGUAGUGGGCAAGGCACGAAGUUGUGUAGUGGGCAAGGCACGAAGUUGUGUUAUGGUCAGGGCACACAGUUGUGUUGUGGUCAGGGCACGGAUUUGUGUAGUGGUCAGUGCACGAAGUUGUGUAGUGGUCAGGGCACGAAAUUCUGUUAUGGUCAAGGUACGAAGUUGUGUUAUGGUCAGGGCACACAGUUGUGUUGUGGUCAGGGCACGAAGUUGUGUUGUGGUCAGGGCACGAAGUUUGUGUAGUAUGGUUAUACACAAAGGAUUAAAUAACAUAUUAAAGACGACUUCACGUUAUCUUAAUCAAUAUAAUAUUGUUCUAAAACUAUAUAAACCUUGCCGCAUAACCAUAAAGGUGGAUUUUAGAGUAGUGCCCCUUUACAAUCUCCGUGCAGCACAAAUAGGCGAUACUCGAUUGAACAUUCCUGAAUUGAAGACUCUCCAUCACGAAAAUAUUGACUACUAUGGCUACUACAUGGUUUUGAAAUUAUCUAUUAAAAAGACGAAAUCUUAACACGGGAUCGACAUUACGAAACGACAUCUUGUAUCAAGAAAGAAAAUAACCUUGUUUGAUAUUAAAGUUCAUAUUUAUUUA